CUCAGCAAUCGUAGGCGAUUCUAAUAAAGAGAUCAUCUGGUCCUAUUUUUAUGACGUUAUCUGCAGCAUAAUUAUAGACGCAUUAUUUUUCUACAAUCAACGUUACCAGUCACUUUUCUGAAAGUGAGCCAAGAUGUGACGAUAACAUUUAUCCAAUACUUGAGAAGGCAGGCAACUAAAAUAGAGAGAGAAUGAGGGGAGUGUAGAAAUUGAUGCUAAUAUUGAACAAACUACCAGGUGGAAAAUUUGUGAAUCUACAAAAGUUUUAUUGCAAGUAUUUGGUAAACAGCUGUGAAAAGUAGAGUUCAUGUCAAAAAGUAUGGAGGAAACAGUGAACAGGAGAGCAGGCAAUAGGCAAGAUGAUGAAGCAUACACAUCUUACUACAACCGUUUGAAAGAGAACAUCAAACAGUCAAACAUGUAUAUAAGGAAGGAUGUUCGUGGUGAUGGGAACUGUUUUUUAUACUGCAUCCAAGAUCAAUUUGAGAGGCUGGGUUUAGCAAAACGAUCUAGUGCACAACUCAGGGCUGAUUUAGUGGACUACUUGCGACAUUUGGAUGAAAAAGACCCAUUGAUUAGCCUUGUAGAUGACAAAUACCUAGAUGAAUUGAGUAAAGACGGUACAUUUGUUGAUGAAGUAGCAGUGAGAGGGAUGUCACGAAUAUUAAAUCACGACUUUCAAAUUGUGACGAGUCAGAGAAAAAGCACAGAGCAGGGUUACUUGGUCACAACAAUUCAUGAAAGUUCCAAUCCAGAUGGUGUAAUGUUAUUUGGUCAUAUAGGAGAGCUACACUAUAUCAGCUUAGGUAAGGGGUAGUAGUACAGAUGCACCACACAAACACACCCUUCAACAUGUUACACAUUUCCAGAAUUAGUUACAGUAGUGUAUUUCACAUGAUAUCUAUAUUAUAAGUACACUGAUUUCAAAGUCAACCGGCACAAUGCAACCUAAAUGCACUCAAUAAACG